GGUGAAAAAUGCUCAGCAAAUACAGCAGACUAAUCCAUCGUGUUACCGCACCGCAUCGAUCACUCUCCUCCUUCUCCGCCUCGCCGGACGACCUCCUCCGAGCUCAGGUCUCCGGCGGGGACCUCGAUGCCGCCGCUGCCACUCUCCUCAACCUCUCCACCACCCGCCCACCACCAAUCUCAUCCCUCCAUCUCGUCUUCUCCUCCCUGUCCAAUGGCGACCAUUUCCACUCCGCCAUCUCCCUCUACGACUCCCUCUCCAAGUUCCCAUCUUUCUCGCCAGAUCUCAUCACCUUCAACAUCCUCCUCAAAUGCUACUCUCUCGCCCGCCGAUCAGACCUCGCCCGCCGCCUGUUCGACGAAAUGCGCCUUCGGAGCAUCAGACCCGAUACGGUCUCCUUCAACACCUUAAUCAAAUGUUUCUGCAAUGAAAACAACAUCGCUGCUUCUCUAGAAGUCCUUCAAACAAUGAAAGAUAACGGCUUGCGGCCGAAUGGCUUCACCUACUCAAUGCUCAUCGGCCUUGUGUCGCGUGGGUGUUCAAAUUCCGAGCUCGGACUUGGGUUAAUUCAUGAGAUGCUGGCUCUGGGGUUGAUGCCGAGCACAGUGAAUUGGAAUUGUGUUCUGGCGGCGCUUUGCAAAGAUGGGAAGGUUGGCACCGCGCGCUCCGUUUAUGCAAUGAUGGGUAAAGCGGGCGCUUUGGUGGAUGUUACUGCGUAUACUUGUUUCCUGCAAUUGUUGUGCAGGGAGAGGAUGGUGGGUGAUGCAAAGAAGGUGUUUGAUGAAAUGUCUGAGAAGGGAGUGCACCCGAGUGUUGUUACUUACAAUACAUUGUUGCAGGGACUUUGUGUGAAUAAGCAUUUAAAAGAUGCUAUAAAGAUGUUGAAUCAGAUGAUUGUUAAUGGUCCAAGACCAAGUGUUGUGACGUAUACUACUGUAAUGGGAUGCCUCUGUGGAGAAGGGAGGUUAGAGGAAGCAUUGGGGUUUUUGGAUCAAAUGAUGCGGCAAGGUUUGAAACCUGAUAAGUCCAUGUACAGCAUUUUACUUGGUGGGUUAUGUGAUGGAGGGAGAAUGGAAGAUGCUGUUAAGCUCUUUCGCCUAAUGGAAGUUUGCGGAUUCAAUGACAUAAUUGCUUAUAAUAUUCUGAUCCAUAGUUUCUGUAAGAGUGGGAAUAUGAACAAGGCUAAGGAUGUUUUUGAUGAAUUUGUCAGCAAAGGAUUUAAGCCUGAUGUGAUCAUGCAUACUAGUUUGAUGGAUGGGUUUUGCAGAACUGAAGAAAUGGAGGCUGCUAAGGAACUAUUUGAUGAUAUGCAGAGGAAGGGGUUGAAACCAGAUAUAAUCGCAUAUUCAACCAUGAUGGAAGGUUUUUGUAGGCUUGGGAGACUUGAAGAGGCACAAGGGCUACUAUUUGACAUGGAAAGCCGAAAUCUUCAGCCAAAUAAAGUUAUCUAUACUCUACUGGUCAUUGCCUUUUGCAGAGCUGGGAAUCUUGAUCAGGCUGCAUAUUAUCUAGGGGAGAUGGUUGAUCAGGGACUGCUGCUCAAUGACAAAACUUGUAGAUUAGUUAUAGACAAAAUAUGUAGUGGCAGUGUGCCCCAAGGUGCAGGUUGUCUACUGAAUUAUGUCAAUGAGAAAGAACUGGGAGCAGAUCAAAUGAUAAUCACAGAUAUACUCAACCACUAUUGCAAGAAUAUGCGGAUGAAUGAAGCCGCAGACUUUAUAAGAAGGAUGCCCGAGAAAGGAAGCCAUUCUGGUAUUGUAAGUUCUAAUGCAAGAAUGCAUGAGCAUUGCAUCAAGGGUGAGAUUCAAGACGCUGUAAAUGUGCUUCAUGGUAUUGUCAUGAAUGACAUAGUUCCAUCCACUUUUGGUGUUUCUCUGUUUCUUGAUCAUGUUUGUAGUUCUGGACAGCUUGAUAGGUUUCUGGAGGUGCUGCCAAUUCAAUUUGGAGAAUCUGGAAAUUCUUCAAGUGAAAUUUGUGAAGUGUUAUAGCACUAUUUAAUACAAACCUACAGUUGUGACCGUUUUCCACAGGAUAACUUGGUUUUCAAUUGUCUGUUAUUGUACCUUGUAUAAUUUAAGUUUUGAUUCCGAGGUGCAAAUUCUAAAAAAAUUGGAGGCUGUAUUUUUUGUUGUUUUACUGCCUCUGUUUCUUCAAUACCAUUA